GCGUCAACAUGAACAAACCCCUCCACCGCUGUCAACCCAGCUCGAGACAGACUCAAACACCGGGGAGAACCUAAACGGUACGGUUUAAUGAGUCGCGCGCGUCAGCGCGGUCCACGUCCAGCGUCGUCGGCGGCGCGUGAUGCAGCGCGGGUUCGCCGCGAGUCCGUCGUUUAGCGGCUCUGAGGUAAUAACGGUCCACGGAUGAUGAUCUGCGCCGGAGACCGCGAUGCGCUCGGUGUGUCCGUGCUUCAGGCCUCCUGCGGGAAUCAGUCGUGUCUGGAUAACGUCUUAUAGUGCGUCAAACUGUUGUUACAAACACUGAGUUCAUAAGGAAGGAGCGAAACAUGGACGCUUUCCUGGACUUUGAGGAGUGCAUCAGGGACUCGCCUGCGUUCAGGCAGUCUCUGGAUAAAUGUGAGAGCGAUGUUGCAGAACUGGAGAGCCGUGUGGAGAAAGUGAUGAAGCUGUGCGGUCAGAUGGUGGAGGCGGGUCAGAACUACACCUCCUGCAACCAGCUCUUCCUCUCAGGCCUGGCCGAGUUCACGGCGUAUCAUAAGAGCGACGGCGUUAUUCUGAACUGCUUGCGUCAGUUCAACCAGGGUCUGCAGGAAAUGAUCCAGUUUCAGACGAUGCUGUUUGAUCAGACUCAGAGAGCCAUUACCCAGCAGCUCACAAACCUGCUUUCACAGUUUGUGCCGCAGAUUCGUGACACUCGGCGUGAGUUUGUCCGGAUCGGAGACGAUCUCGAUGCUGCUGUUGUGAAAAACGCUCAGGUCAGUCGACACAAACCCGCUGACGCUGAGCGAGCGACUCACCUGCUGCUCGCCACACGCAAGUGUUACCAACACUUCGCCCUGGACUACUGCCUGCAGCUGAAUAAUUUCAAGGUGCAGCAGAAGUUGGAUAUUCUGAAUUCGGUCUUCUCGUACUUUCACGCUCAGUACACGUUUUUCCACCAGGGAUUCGACCUGCUGAGAGAUCUAGAACCGACAAUGAAGACGAUGGCCUCGCAGCUCUCUCAGCUGUCGUCUGACUGCACUGCCAAGAAGAAAGACCUGGAGAACACACACCUGCUCGUCCAGCAGAGAGACGCUUCCGGAGAAGCGGUUAUUGUCUGUAACCCGUCUGACGGAGGAACGAUUCAGGGAUACCUGUUCAAACGCUCGCGCAAGAAGAACAAGACCUGGAAGAGGUGCUGGUUUUCCACUGAAAAUAGUCAGUUAAUCUACUCGAAGUCACACAAGGAGCCGCCGGUGGUUCUGUUCGAUGAUCUGCGUCUGUGUGCGGUGAAAUCUCUGGAUGUGAUCGACCGCCGUUUCUGUUUUGAGCUGCUGUCGGUGCAGAAGUGUUGUGUGUUACAGGCUGAUUCGGAGGAGCUGAUGGCGUGGAUUAAUUCUGUUCAGGGCUGUAUAGACAUGGCGUGCAUCAGCGAUCAAGUAUCAGAUCAAAACACUCAGGUGAAGGAGAACUCCGCCCCCACGCCUGCUCCGGACCCGCCCCCUCACCCCCCUGCUCUGGGUGUGGCUCUCCGUGGCAACGGUAACCAGCGCUGCUGUGACUGCGGGGAGGCGGAGCCUCGCUGGGCCAGCGUUAACCUCGGCAUCACCAUGUGCAUCGAGUGCUCGGGGAUCCACAGGAGUCUGGGCGUUCAUCUGUCUAAAGUUCGAUCUCUAACUCUUGAUUCCUGGGCGGAACAGCUAAAGCUGCUGUGCGUUCUGGGUAAUGAAGUCAUUAAUGGCAUUUAUGAGCGUAACCCAGCAGAUGUACUGCAGAAGCCCAGUUCAGACAGCCCACGGCAGGAUAAAGAACAGUGGAUCCGGUUUAAGUAUGUGGAGAAAAGAUUUGUGACACGUGAUCCUGAUGGUCCUGAUGCUGAAACAGUAAAGCAGCAGGCCGGUGAUAGGCUGUAUCAGGCGUCGCUAAAGGGUGAUCUUGUUGCCAUGGCGACAGCGCUGUCCGAGGGGGCGGAGGUCAACUGGAGUAACCCUGAGCGGGAGGGACGGGCGGCUCUGAUUGGUUCAGCCAUCGGGGGCUCGCUGUUGGCGUGCGAGUAUUUGCUGCAGAACGGCGCGAAUGUGAACCACAGAGAUCAGCACGGACAGGGAGCUCUGCACGCUGCUGCCACCUACGGACACACGGGGCAGGUGUGUCUGCUGCUCAAGAGAGGAGCCAAUCAGUAUGCAGCCGAUGAAAAGGGAAACGAUCCGCUCAGUAUCGCCAUGGAAACCGCCCAAGCUGACAUUGUCACUUUGUUGAGAAUGGCUCGAAUGAAUGAGGAAAUGAGGGAUUCAGAGGGAUUCUUCGGAUCUGUCGGAGACGAUGAAACAUUCCAGGAUAUUUUCCGUGAUUUCAGUAACAUGGCGUCACACGACCCGGAAAGACUCUCUCGCCGUCAGUUCCUCCGCGGCUCUGAGGAUGAAGAGCGCGCCGAAGAGGAGAAAAACUAGAGAGAGCUGGAGGUCAGAGGUCAAGUGAGGUCAGAGGUCACGCUGCUGCACUAAGGGACAAGGGGAAAAAAAGCGAAAAAGGGAUAUCUUAAUGUUACAUCUAGUUAAAAAUCUGCUCUGAAUCGCUGUGUGUGUGACGGUUAACACGACUGACGCUCUGUCUUCUGAAGCGUGUGUGUGUGUGUGUGUGUGUGUGUGUGUGUGUGUGUGUGUGUGUGUGUGUGUGAGAGAGACUCGUUUCAUCCACACUGACUGUUCUCUAGGUUUUAGGCAUUGCUGUUGGUUUUACUCGAGGCUUUUUAUAUCGUGCUGCAGUCAAACACGCUUCUACGCUGAACUUUGAAGGACAUUCACGCUUACGGAGAACAUUUAGGAUGCUAAAGUCAACAUGAAAGCAAAUCUGACCCCGUUUACUUUCUUAAUGCGUGUUUCCGGUCUUACUGCAGUGCAUGUUCUUCUUUAUGCAUUAACGUCUUUCAUUUUGGCUCACCGAUCUGUAAUAUAGAGACUCUUUUCAUUAUCCACACCUUCCUUAUGGAUAAAGUCAAAGCAUUUCAUGGACUUCAUCUUGUUUAAUAUAUUGUGUUACUGAUUAAUGUGUCUGAAAGUAAAAUGGAUUGGGAAUGCAGUUUCGUGUUGACUUUAAAUUCACACUGUAUGGAAAUAAACACAUUAACAGUUAAAGGAAUUAAUAUCAUGUGUUACACAAUAUAUUCAUAUCAUUGUUGAUGUCUUAAAAGUUUGUGUCUUAUUCUAAUGAAUUAAAAGCUAUUUGACUAUGAAAGGUA